GUAUUCAGUUAGAUCUUAUUUCUAAUCUUCAAACUAAAAACGUAUCUACGCUGUCUAACUUGUGCUGAGGUCAGACUGAGGCUCAUGUGACAGAUUGUCACAUGAUCGACGCCGCGUUGUAGUCUAUCAGCUGUUUGCUCUGGACAGGAAUUGAGUGGUGUGCGAGUUUUAUCCAUAUAUAUAUAUAUAUAUAUACACUGUACUGUAGAAGAUAUAUUAAAAGAUGGAUAUCCGCGGGGAUGUGGACGCUGCAGUCCCCACUAAUAUCAUUGCUGCAAAGGCAGCCGAGGUGCGGGCCAAUCUGGUCAACUGGCAGUCCUACCUGCAGAGUCAGAUGAUCUCUGCAGAGGACUGUGAAUUCAUCAAGAAAUUUGAGGUGGCCAACUCUGAGGAGAAACAUGUCAUUCUGACCAAUGAAGGACAUCAGUGCGCAAAGACCUUUCUGAACCUGAUGGCCCACAUCUCCAAGGAGCAGACAGUCCAGUACAUCCUGACUCUGAUUGAUGACACUCUGCAGGAGAACCAUCAGCGUGUGAACAUCUUCUUUGACUACGCCAAAAAGACGAAGAACACAGCAUGGUCCUACUUCCUUCCUAUGCUGAAUCGUCAGGACCUUUUUACUGUCCACAUGGCGGCAAGGAUCAUUGCCAAGCUGGCUGCAUGGGGCCGUGAUCUGAUGGAGGGCAGUGAUCUGAACUACUACUUCAACUGGAUCAAAAGUCAACUGAGCUCACAGAACCUACAUGGUACAGAAACAGGCUCAGGAGCAGGAACUAUUUCCCCCAGUGAAAGCUCUCAGUAUGUCCAAUGUGUGGCUGGAUGCCUUCAGCUGAUGCUGAGAGUCAAUGAGUACCGUUUUGCCUGGGUGGAGGCUGAUGGAGUCAACUGCAUCACAGCGGUGCUGAGCAACAAGUGUGGCUUCCAGCUCCAGUACCAGAUGAUCUUCUGUGUUUGGCUCCUGGCCUUCAGUCCUCAGCUCUGUGAGCAGUUGAGACGCUACAACGUAGUGCCAGCGUUGUCCGACAUCCUCCAGGAGUCUGUCAAGGAGAAGGUCACACGCAUCAUCCUGGCUGCCUUCAGGAAUCUUCUGGAGAAGUCUGCAGACAGGGAGACUCGACAGGAGUAUGCUUUGGCCAUGAUUCAGUGCAAGGUGCUGAAGCAACUCGAGAACCUCGAGCAGCAGAAGUACGAUGAUGAAGACAUCACAGAGGACAUUAAGUUCCUGCUGGAGAGUCUGGGGGAGAGUGUGCAGGAUCUCAGCUCAUUUGAUGAGUACAGCUCUGAAUUGAAGUCCGGCCGCCUGGAAUGGAGUCCUGUGCACAAGUCUGAGAAGUUCUGGCGUGAGAAUGCGGUUCGCCUGAACGAGAAGAACUAUGAGCUCCUCAAGAUCUUAACAAGGCUGUUGGAGGUGUCUGAUGACCCUCAAGUCAUAGCAGUGGCAGCUCACGACGUUGGAGAGUAUGUGCGACAUUACCCACGUGGCAAACGGGUGAUUGAGCAGCUGGGUGGAAAACAGCUGGUGAUGAAUCAUAUGCACCACGAGGACCAGCUAGUCCGUUACAACGCCCUGUUGGCUGUGCAGAAGCUCAUGGUCCACAACUGGGAGUACCUGGGAAGACAGCUCCAGUCCACUGAUCAGCAGCAAACUCCAGCCGUGGCAGCUCGAAGCUGAACUGUUUCUGUGUGUUUGUGUAUUAAUGUAUGUAUGAGUGUGUACCGUAUGUACAUUGGCCCAUUUAAUAGUCAACUGUUCAGUUUGUGAAAUGACUUGAAAAUCAAACGUUGUGGUUUACUCCUUUCACCUGCAAAUCCCAAAUGAUCCUUGAUGUUACUUGAUUGAAUGUCGUGCUUCGUCGUGACCUCUCAGCUAAGUGAUGCGUGGUCAUUGAAGUCGCUCUUCAUGUCUGUGAUUAUGUACAAAACUGCAUGUUAUUUAAGUCUUACCUGGAAAACAUUGUAUGUAUCCCAAUAAAGAUGCUUAUCAAUGGUG